GAAAAUAUAAACUAAAAAAAUCAAAAACAGAGGAGCAGAGUUGAUGCGCUAGUCAAAGCAAAGAUCCCAACUUUAUUGAUCGAAUCCGCUUCAUUAGAGGUAUUCGCUUCUUCUUCGUCCUCCUUUCUAUUGGCUCUCUCUAGGUAUAUGCUAUUGAAGUUUUGUAGAUUAGGAUGGAGAACAAACCAAGUGUAUUAACUGAUAGAUACGAGGUCGGGAGGUUAUUGGGUCAAGGUACUUUUGCCAAGGUUUAUUAUGGAAGAAGUGUUCAUACAAACGAGAGUGUAGCUAUCAAGAUGAUAGACAAAGACAAGGUUUUGAGGGUUGGUCUUAGCGAGCAGAUCAAGAGAGAGAUCUCUGUCAUGAGGAUUGCUAAACACCCAAAUGUCGUUGAGCUGUACGAGGUUAUGGCAACAAAGUCAAGGAUUUACUUUGUUAUAGAGUAUUGUAAAGGUGGAGAGCUUUUCAAUAAAGUUUCAAAAGGGAAAUUGAGAGAGGAUGUUGCUUGGAAGUACUUUUACCAGCUUAUCAAUGCGGUUGAUUUUUGCCAUAGCCGGGGAGUGUAUCACCGCGACAUCAAGCCAGAGAACCUGUUGCUUGAUGACAAUGAGAAUCUCAAGAUAUCUGAUUUUGGAUUAAGCGCUCUCGCUGAUUGCAAGCGUCAAGAUGGUCUUCUCCACACCACUUGUGGCACACCUGCAUAUGUUGCCCCUGAGGUUAUUAACCGGAAAGGAUAUGAUGGCACAAAAGCAGACAUUUGGUCUUGCGGUGUUGUCUUGUUUGUGCUUUUGGCUGGUUAUCUUCCCUUCCAUGACUCCAAUCUAAUGGAGAUGUAUAGGAAGAUAGGAAAAGCGGAUUUCAAGUGCCCGAGUUGGUUUGCCCCUGAAGCAAAGAGAUUAUUGUGUAAGAUGUUGGACCCUAACCAUGAGACUAGAAUCACCAUCUCAAGAAUCAAAGAGAGUUCUUGGUUCAGAAAAGGUUUACAGUUGAAGCAAAAAAGGAUGGGGAAACAAGUCAGAGAGGCUAAUCCCAUGGAAGCUGGAGGUUCAGGUCCAGGUGAUAGCGGAGAAAACCACGAGCCACCGCAGCUUGGAAACCUCAACGCUUUUGAUAUUAUCGCCUUGUCUUCUGGUUUUGAUCUGGCAGGACUUUUUGGAGAAGUAUACAACACGCGAGAAUCUAGAUUCGCAUCUCGAAAGCCUGCUUCAGAGAUCAUUUCUAAGCUAGAGGAGGUUGCCAAAGGCCUGAAGCUGAAGAUAAGAAAGCAAGACGCAGGCUUGUUUAAACUGGAAGGAUCAAAGGAAGGAAAAAAAGGGGCUUUGUCGAUCGAUGCAGAAAUUUUUCAAGUGACUCAGACGUUUCACCUGGUUGAAGUGAAGAAAUGUAAUGGGGAUACUAUGGAGUAUCAGAAACUAGUGGAGGAAGAUCUUAAGCCUGCUCUUGCAGACAUUGUCUGGGUUUGGCAAGGCGAGAAGGAGAAAGACGAGCAGUUACCGCGUGGUUCUCAGGAUGAACCAGAACUAGAACAAAAUCGUGAAUCAUCGUAGCAGGAACAUGAAGAAGAGAAACUCUCAAGCGGCUUUGAAACAUGAGCAUCAAGAACAAUCCAUGUAAGCUGUGACAAACAAAAGCAGAGGAAAAAACGGCACAAUGCACAGCUUGAUUAUUUACAUUGCCUGCAAAAAGUGUAGAUAGUUGAUUGUUGUAAAAAAAAACCCUUUUGUUAGUUGAGCACUCUAUAUUAAUUUCUUAAGGUUUUGUACGUACGAUAGCAGGAGACAGAAAAUGUGAAUAACCAAAUCUUAUAUA